AUGGACGCCAGACUUGGACCAGAACAACCACUUCCAUACUCGGACGACUUCGCCAGCACAGAUGAAUAUGUAGACUCACUGCUGAGCUUCGUUGGCGGCGAUGACCUUCUCAGAGUGCUCUGCGGAGGUGUGCACAUUCUCGACUUCUUCACCACCGAGCCGAGCCUGUACGACAGAACCCUGCCUCCAGACUGGACGUCUUUCUUCGCACAGCAAGAGGACACUUUUGAAAUCGUCAACUUGCUGAUUCGCAGCGACAUAUCCAUAUACAACUCCGCGCAUCCCGAAGAUCACAUCGCAAAUGUCAAUGGUAAUCCGCCCCCAUCUCUCCUAGACUACAUGGCAAAUGUGAGACGGCAUUUGCUGCGCAGAGAGCCGAACAGUUCCCAGUGCUCUCGUAAUCGAGUUUUGAAGCCAACGCAGCGACUCACGAGGGAUGUAUCGGUGGGCAUGAAUGUGAAGAAAGUCCAUGAGGUUGGUCUGUUCGCUUCAUACAUCAACAAUCUAGCCUCCUCCAUUACUGCAUCUACACGCGAGCCAGUAUCUCAUCUGGUCGACUUCGGCUCAGGCCAGAACUAUUUGGGCCGAGCACUGGCAAGUCAGCCUUACAACAGGAACAUCGUUGCCAUCGAGAGUCGGCAAGAAAAUGCAGAGCGAGCCAAAGAGUUCGAUGUCCUUGCGAAACUGGUCGAGAAGAAGAAGAUCAUGCGCAAUAAGAAAGCUUUCCGAGAUGGUGGCGAACAUCUCAACUUGCCUCCAAGGCCAGUCGUUCCUGCUGAGCUCCCGACGCCUCCACCUGAGCACAAUGCAGGCUUCGUGCCUAGAGCGCCAAUUGUCGAACUUCCAACGACUGGAACCGGGAAGAUUCAAUACGUCGACCAUCGGAUUCAGGAUGGCAAUCUCAGAGAUGUGAUCGAUCGCAUACCAGAAAGUAAUUCUCCAAAGAACCUCAUGGUAAUUUCUCUUCACUCCUGUGGCAAUCUCGUCCAUCACGGCUUGCGCUCUCUUCUCCUCAACUCAGAAGUCCGCGCCGUCUCAAUGGUAGGAUGCUGCUAUAAUCUCGUCACCGAACGUCUCGGUCCAGCAACCUACAAACUCCCCGAACUUCGCCCAACCACCCACGACCAUCCUCGGCUUUCGAAGACCGGUGAAGCCAAUGAUCCACACGGCUUUCCAAUGAGUGAGCGAUUCUGCCAAUACUACGACGAGAGGAGUCCGGAGAGCGACAAAGGAGUCCGUUUGAACAUCACUUCUCGCAUGAUGGCCGUCCAAGCACCUUCCAAUUGGGGACCAAUCGAUAGUGAGAGCUUCUUCACAAGGCAUUUCUACCGAGCUUUACUGCAACGCAUCUUCUUAGAUCGUGGAGUUGUCGGCCCACCUACGCCAGAAUGUGUCGGCGGACUAUCACCAGCCGGACAUAGCAGUGGCGGCACACCGAUUGUAAUAGGAAGCCUGAAAAAGUCGUCUUACGAAUCUUUCACAACGUACGUCCGAGGAGCUUUGGCGAAAUUGUUCCAUGAUCCAGACCGAGGAGACGUCUUCAAGGAGAAAAUGGGCGAUAUUUCGGAUUAUGAGAUUGAGAAGUAUGCUCAAGAUUACGCUGAAGGGAAGAAGAAUUUGAGUGUGAUGUGGAGCUUGAUGGCAUUCAGUGCUGGAGUCAUUGAAGCCGCGAUCGUUGUUGACCGAUAUCUUUGGCUCAAGGAGCAGAGUGAAGUUAGAGAAGCUUGGGUCGAGCCGGUGUUUGACUAUAAAUUCAGCCCGAGGAAUUUGGUCGUGGUUGGGAUUAAGAGAUGA